AUGCUCACCUCCAUCCCCUCCCUCCUCCCCCUCCUGCCCCUCCUGCCCCUGCUCCCCGCCGCCCUCGCCCAAUACACAGCCACCUACUCCCCCGGCUCCCUCCCCGAUAGCUCCGAAGAAGGCCAGUACGGCACAAACGCCUGCGGGGACGGUUCGGCGUACUGCCUCAAAUCAGGUUACGGUACCAGGCUCAUACCCGAAGGAACUCUGACCGGGGCGCACUUUGUGAAAGUGCAGAGCGACAAAGUCUCGUAUGUCCAGGUUACCGGUAAAGGCGACUUGACGAAGCUGUUGAUCGCAGACGGCGAUGAGGGCGGUGAACUUGACGUACCCUGGACCGGACUCGGCAACCCCCAAGGCGGGCUCGUGUUUACAAACGCCUUCUCUGGUUCUUAUGAACAGACGCAUGAGUGGACUAGCUUCAUGUCUUCUGAUGAAUUCUGUAUUCGAGCUUGUCAGGAUGGCGAUAAUGCUGCUUCAUACUGCCAACACAUCUACGACCUCCUCGGCUGCGGAUUUACAAUCCCCGGCUCCACCUCCGACGGCUUCGACGCCUGCCUCGCCCCGCCCACAGACGAAGCCCCGGGCGUAUACGACGGUACGACCUUCUACCAAGGGGACGCUACGACGCCUGCGGCGCAUGCGGCCGCGGAGACGUCAGAGUGUCAGUAUUAUUCGUCUGUGGGCGGAAAUGGAGUUUGGAAUAAGCGCUCAGAGGGAGGGGAGGGGGAGGAGAAGAGGGAGGAGAUGGUGGUUAGUGUGACGUCGACUGUGACGGGCAAAGCGACGACGACGACAGUCUUCUCUACUGCGCCUGCUACCGCUUCUGCCACUGCUUCGACUACCCCAACAGCCCUCAAAGCCAACGCUUCCUCCUCCUCCUCCUCCUCCUCUUCCUCCUCGUUGUCGGGUGCGGGCCCCCGCGCAUUCGUGGUCGGGCCGGUGAUGAUGGGCGGUUUGGGGUUGGUGGGUUUGAUGAGUCUCUUGCUCUAA